UACACAGCCACAAUGAGGUUGCUAAUCCUCAUUUCCACACUCAUUUCUCUAAUAAAUGCUGAUAGAAUCCUUGUGCUGGUCGAGUGCUUGAGUGCCAGAGAAACUCAUUCGCUGUUUUUCCGCUCUCUUCAAGAUCGCGGUCAUCAGCUAGUUUUUCGCACUGCGGACGAUCCUUCGCUUUCUUUGAUCAAAUUUGGAGAAAGGAAUUUUGAUCACCUGAUUAUUUUUGCACCGUCGGUGGAAGAGUUCGGUGGUUCCGUCAACGUUGAAGAAAUAACCCGGUUUGUUGAUGAAGGAGGUAAUCUGCUAGUGGCUGGAGGCUCAAAUCUUGGCAACGCAAUCCGUGAACUAGCUUUACAACAUGGCUUCGAGUUUGACGAACCUGAUACUAUGGUUAUUGACCAUAACAACUACGAUAUGCUUCUUGACGAUGGCUAUCACACCACGAUUGUUGCUUCAAAGCAGCAACUACUGAAUGCCCAGCUUGUGGUCGGUGAAACUACUAAGAUGAAUCCAGUCUUGUUUAAGGGUACCGCCUUGAUUGCACACAAGAAUAAUCGUCUUCGCCUAGAAGUACUGCGUGCGGCAUCGACGGCUUACUCAUACAGACCAUCUGUUGCCGUAGAUGAGUAUCCCAAUGCGCUCGGGCAACAGAUACUGAUGAUUGGUGCAGUGCAAGCAAGGAAUAAUGCUCGAGUCGUUUUUACUGGCUCAUUGGAAAUGUUCUCCGAUGAAUAUCUAUCAGCAAAUGUCUACAAAGUUGGAAGUAACGAGGAUCCUGUCCGAUCGGGCAAUCUGGAACUUGUGACCGCGUUGUCCAAAUGGGUACUGAAGGAGAACGGUGUGUUACGGGUGAAGAAGGUUGAGCAUCACUUGGCCGGUAACAAAGAAGUGCCGAGAGAGUACACUAUCAUGGACGAAGUGGAAUACGCAAUCGAGAUAGAAGAGCUCAAGGAUGGAAAAUGGCGACCGUUCAAUGAGAAGGACGUUCAACUCGAAUUUGUGCGCAUUGAUCCUUUCGUCAGGACAACUCUUGUGGGGAAGAAUGGUCGAUUUUCCACACGUUUCAAGCUGCCGGAUGUGUACGGAAUAUACAAAUUCCUAGUUGAUUACCGUAGGGUUGGAUAUACGCACCUUUAUGAUGUGCAGCAGGUGUCUGUUCGUCCCCUACUGCACACGCAAUAUGAACGAUUCAUCCGGUCGGCAUAUCCUUACUAUGCAUCAUCGUUCUCCAUGAUGUUCGGGGUGGUGCUGUUCUCUCUGGUGUUCCUCCACUACAAAGAACCGCCCAAGCCAACGGCAACAACCUCAAAGAAGACUAAUUAG